AUGGACGCCGACACCCCCAAGCCCAAAUCCGCGGUUCCCUCCCACAUGAUGAACGGCGGAUCACCCCUCAGGCUCACCACCGAGGCGCGCGACAGGAAAGAGCGCGAGCACCUCUUCAAUGCUAUAGAGACUUCCAACCGAGGGCGCCAGCCAGUAAACUUUGACGGGCCGACUAGCUAUUUCCCCACGAAGGCUUCGGUCGCGAACAUGCACACUGACAACCGACAUGUCAUGGCGAACGGCCAGGUAGACGCCGAAGACCCUUACGAGGGCGCCGUUGCCCAAACACCACUUGCGACCAGUCGCGCCCAUAGCCCAUACACACAGCAUCCCACCAUCGACUUCGAUGGGCUUAGCUGGCCCAGCAAGGGCACGCGGGAGAGGAAGGAGGCGACCGAGGAGGAGAAGGAAGCCAAUCUGAAGAAGCUGUCUGGUGCUGUCCGAACGAUGCUUGAGUGUCUGGGCGAAGACCCAGACCGCGAGGGACUGUUGGACACACCCGAGCGCUAUGCUAAGGCCUUACUCUUCUUCACCAAGGGCUAUGAAGAGAACUUGCGCGACAUCGUCAACGGUGCUGUCUUCCACGAGGACCACGAUGAGCUCGUCAUUGUGAGAGAUAUCGAGAUCUUCUCCCUCUGCGAGCACCAUCUGGUCCCCUUUAUGGGCAAGAUGCAUAUCGGCUACAUUCCGAACCGUCGCGUCAUCGGCCUCUCCAAACUGGCUCGCAUCGCUGAGAUGUUUGCUCGUCGCUUACAGGUCCAAGAACGUCUCACCAAACAAGUGGCGCUCGCCCUUUCCGAGAUGCUUCAACCACAAGGUGUCGCCGUAGUGGUCGAAUCAAGUCACUUGUGCAUGGUCAUGCGCGGCGUGCAGAAGACAGGUGCUACAACAACUACAAGCUGCAUGCUCGGAUGUAUGCGAUCAAGGGACAAGACGCGCCAGGAAUUCCUGAAUCUCAUCAACAGGCGGUAG